AUGUCUUUGCCGCAGAGGCCAGGCAAGCCCCCAGGUCGGCGCGAAGAAGCCCGCGCAUUUCGCGAACCCUCUCGACGCCGUCGACGCGAUAUCGACUCGGGCACUUACAGCGACGACCCCACUUCCCCCUCCCACCGACACCGUCGUCGACACUCCAGUCACCGAAGAGGAGUGGAAACGGACGAAGAGCGCAUGGACCGGAGCGAUGUGAGACGCAAAAAGAGCAUGGUCAAACCAGAGCGCAGGCGGGACGACCGUGAACAAUCUGAUCAUCACUACCGGCCGCGAUCAACCGCUUUUCCCUCGGCGACGGGAAACGAUCCGUUAUUGGACAACAGAGAUGUCGAGGCGGAGACGAACAGCUCGCGCAGCAUAGAUAUGAAAAACAAGGAUGGGCUAUACGGCGCGCAGGGUAAUGUCAACAAACCAAUGGAACGAGUUCCUAGCAGACAUCGAUCGAAGAAGAAGAAGAGAGGCUCGCGGAGGUCGUCGAAGGGAGCUGCGGAUGAACAGAGACGUCAGAAAGCUAUUAUCGAGCAGAGUGGCCCGCCCGAGUUGUGGCCUACAUAUUGUGCAGUGCUCACAUUCUUCAUUCCGGACUUUGUGCUGAAAUGCUUCGGCAUGCCAGAGAAGGAGCAGCGCAGUGCUUGGCGAGAGAAGAUAGGCCUUAUCAGUAUCAUUCUGAUGAUCGGUGCCUUUGUCGGUUUCUUGACUUUCGGUUUCACGGCUACGGUUUGUGGCUCACCCCCGGUUCGGUUGAAGGCCAAUAAAAUCAGUCCCAACUUCAUGAUCUUCCACGGAAAGGCAUAUGACUUGAGUGGUUCCAAACAUCCCGCUGUUGCUGGUAUCCCCACUCGUUCAAAUGUUAUCUACGACUUGCCACACAGGUAUGGUGGACAGGAUGGCAGCUUCUUCUUCCAGCAGGUCAAUGGUGCGUGCAAGGGACUGAUUACGGCCAAGCCUGAUGGGGAUAUUCCAACAAACUCCAAAGGAGAUCUCGGAUGGUACUUUCCCUGUGCGCCCUUCAACCAGGAUGGUUCGUCCUCGCCCAAUUUGACCACUCAGUACUACACGGGCUGGGCUUGCCAUACAAGCAAGCAGGCUCGUGAGCCUUUCUACUCGCUGAACAGUGAUGGGGAUGUGUACUACACAUGGGAGGACACGAAGAACAAGAGUCGCAAUCUGGCGAUAUACUCCGGAACUGUGCUCGACCUCGACCUUCUCGCCUGGUUUGAUCGCAGCCAGGUGUCCUAUCCCAAACAAUUCGACGAGCUUCGCAAGAAUCCUGCUGUCCGUGGUGUUGAUCUCACCUACUACCUACAAUCCGGGGAGGAGAAGAAGAUUGGCAAGUGCCUGGCGCAGAUUAUCAAAGUGGGCAGCAUCGACACUGAUACUGUUGGCUGUAUUGCGUCGCAAGUCGUCCUCUACGUGUCCCUGAUCUUCAUUCUCGCCAUCGUGGGCGUCAAGUUCGCUUUCGCUGUCUUCUUCCAGUGGUUUAUGGCACCUAGGUUUGCCGCGCAGACCACGAGCAUGUCCUCCAAUGCCAAGACUCGCAAUCAACAGAUUGAAGACUGGUCCAACGAUAUCUAUCGACCGGCUCCAAGAAUUACCGAACCCAUCGUUCCCGAUCGCAUGAACAAACGCGCUAGCUUCCUCCCGACCACUUCCCGUUUCUCGAGCCCAUACAAUGUGAGCAGCAGCACUGGUAGCAAGCAAAGGCCGAUUUAUGUCACCAUGGCUAGUCAGAACUCGACGACUCAUCUCAUGCCCAGCUCUAAUCCUGGCACUAUGUACAAGUCAAGCCACAACGGCAGUGGUGGCACUCUGAGCGCCGACAACUCUCGGCAAAAUCCUACUGCCAGUCGGACUAGCUUGGUUCCUCCCGGUCAGGGUCAGCAAGAUCCGGGUUUCUCCACCCUAUCGGCAGAUCAGGAUGCGGGUCCUGCUGGUUUCAUUCACGAAGCUGUCGUUCCUCAGCCUCCUGCUGACUGGCAGCCAUUCGGCUACCCUCUGGCUCACAGUCUCUGUCUGGUUACUUGCUACUCUGAAGGUGAAGAGGGUAUUAGGUCGACUUUGGAUUCCGUUGCCAUGACCGACUACCCGAACAGCCACAAAACGAUCCUGGUCAUUUGUGAUGGUAUCAUCAAGGGUAAGGGAGAGGAGUUCUCCACGCCAGAUAUUGUAGUGGGCAUGCUUAGGGACCCUGUUGUUCCCAAAGACGAGGUCCAGCCGUACUCCUACGUGGCUGUGGCUACUGGCUCCAAGCGACACAACAUGGCCAAGGUCUACACUGGAUUCUACGACUACGGUACCACAUCGGUCAUCCCAAUCGAAAAGCAGCAGCGUGUUCCCAUGAUGGUGAUUGUCAAGUGCGGAACUGCCCAGGAGUCGACCCAGUCAAAGCCUGGUAACCGAGGCAAGCGAGACAGUCAGAUCAUUCUCAUGUCUUUCCUCCAGAAGGUUAUGUUUGACGAGCGUAUGACGGAACUCGAGUUCGAAAUGUUCAAUGGCAUGUGGAAUGUCACAGGCAUCCCGCCGGACUUUUACGAGAUUGUUCUCAUGGUUGAUGCCGACACGAAGGUGUUCCCAGACAGCUUGACACAUAUGGUCUCGGCCAUGGUGAAGGACCCAGAAAUCAUGGGUCUCUGUGGAGAAACCAAAAUCGCAAACAAGACCGACAGCUGGGUAACAAUGAUCCAGGUCUUCGAGUACUUUGUCUCUCACCAUCUAGCCAAAUCAUUUGAAUCCGUCUUCGGUGGUGUAACCUGUCUCCCUGGAUGUUUCACCAUGUACCGAAUUAAAGCUCCCAAGGGCGGCCAGAACUACUGGGUACCCAUUCUCGCCAACCCAGAUAUCGUCGAACACUACUCGGAAAACGUCGUCGACACCCUCCACAAGAAGAACUUGCUCCUUCUCGGUGAAGAUCGAUACCUAACCACCCUGAUGCUCAAGACCUUCCCGAAACGCAAGCAGAUCUUCGUCCCCCAAGCCGUGUGCAAAACUGUCGUUCCAGACGCAUUCCUAGUCCUGCUCUCCCAACGCCGUCGCUGGAUCAACAGUACCGUCCACAAUCUCUUCGAACUGGUCCUCGUUCGCGAUCUGUGUGGAACCUUCUGUUUCAGCAUGCAGUUCGUCAUCUUCAUCGAGCUUAUCGGAACCCUCGUCCUCCCCGCCGCCAUUGCAUUCACCAUCUACGUCGUCAUUGUCUCAAUCGUCAGGAAACCCGUCCAAGUCAUUCCGCUGGUUCUGUUGGCCCUAGUCUUGGGUCUGCCUGGUGUUCUGAUUGUCGUCACCGCACACAAACUCGUCUACGUGGCCUGGAUGUUCAUUUACCUCUGCUCGCUUCCCAUUUGGAAUUUCGUUCUGCCGAUGUACGCAUUCUGGAAGUUCGAUGACUUCAGUUGGGGUGAUACCCGUAAGACUGCUGGUGAGAAGGAUAAGGGACACGGUGAUGCCGAGGGCGAGUUUGAUAGUACGAAGAUCACGAUGAAGAGGUGGCGUGAUUUUGAAAAAGAACGCCGUCUUCGCAGUGCCUGGGCACAGUCACAGUCACAACCUCAUGCUUCGACGGAUCCUUAUCCGUCGCAGUAUGACACAUAUUCCCAUUAUUAA